UGUUAGCAACUGUCUUUUUUAAGAAACGUAACAGUUUUUAAAAAAUCAAGAGUGGGGUGUAACUGGUGUGUUUUAUGCCGUAGAAUAAAAUGUGAAAGUAUCUUGAGCUUGUGUGAACCACUGACCUUAUUUUAGGGGAUUUAAUCAAACUCCCAAUCAAAAAAAAAACUAACGAAAAAAACAAAAAAAACUAAUUGGCUCUGGGACAAUGGAACCGGAAGUGCUAAAAUGCUAACUCACUUCUGGGUUUUUGCCUACAAAGUGACAUCAUAGUUCCACCAGAUAUGGAAGGAGAGGCGAAGAGAUGGAGAAGAGGAUCUCCAGAACCCAGUGAUGUGUCACUGAACAGUAUUCCCAUUCCACGUCCUGGCUUCAGUGAUGGCUCAGUGGUCUUUGACCCCUGUGUGGAAAGAGAUGCUCAGUCCAAAUCCAGUCCUGCUGGUUCUCCUCCCCACAACACUGUAACAGCUGAUUUGCUCAAUGAGAGACACAAAACAAGCAUGAAGAGCAAGUAUGAGUGCUUAUUUGAGGGAAUUCAAUUACAAGAGAAUAAAACCCUCCUGAACCGGAUUUACACGCAGCUCUACAUCAGAGAGGGAGAGAGUGAAAGUGUGAAUGAAGAACAUGAGAUCUUACAGAUGGAGAAAAAUUACAAGAUGCUCCAAGAGACUCCAAUUGACUGCAAUGAUAUCUUUAAACUUCUGCCGGGAUGUGAAAAGCAGAAAAAAGUCAAGACUGUUCUUACUAGCGGCAUUGCUGGAAUUGGAAAAUCAGUCUCUGUGCAGAAGUUCAUUCUGGACUGGGCCGAGGGAAAAGCCAAUCAGGAUGUAGAUUUCAUGUUUGUCCUUACAUUUAGAGAGCUGAACUUGUUUAAAGAUCACCAGUACAGUCUUUACAAACUUCUGGUGGACUUUUAUCCUGAACUUCAAGAUCUGGACUCAAAGAUUCUUGAGGAGUGUAAAGUUGUGUUCAUCUUUGAUGGCCUGGAUGAAAACAGAAUUAUACUGAUGUUUUCAGAAAAUGAGAGCGUUUCUGAUGUGAAUGAGUCUUCAUCAGUGGGUGUGUUGAUGUCAAACCUUAUCAGAGGAAAGCUGCUUCCCAAUGCUCUCAUCUGGAUCACCUCCAGACCAGCAGCAACCAGUCUGAUCCCCUACAAAUACAUCAACCGUCUGACAGAAAUUGAGGGAUUCAGUGAUCCUCAGAAGGAGGAAUAUUUCAGGAAGAAAAUCAGUGAUGAGCAUCAAGCCAGCAGAAUCAUCUCACACAUUCAAGGAUUAAGAAGCCUCCACAUCAUGUGUCACAUACCCGUCUUCUGCUGGAUCUCAGCCACUGUGCUUCAAAACAUCCUGAAACAAAAUAACAGUGCAGAAAUCCCUAAAACUCUGACUGAGAUGUACAUCCACUUCCUGCUCACUCAGAUGAACAUGAGGAAUCAGAAGUAUGAAGAGACUUGUGAGAGAGAUCCAGAGGAACUCCUGCAGUCCAACAAAGACAAGAUUGUGAAACUUGCUGGACUGGCUUUCAAGCAGCUAAUGAAGGGUAAUGUGGUGUUCUAUGAGGAGGACCUGAGAGAGAGCGGCAUAGAUGUCACUGACAUCACAGUGUAUUCUGGGAUUUGCACUGAGAUCUUUAAGGAGGAAUCUGUGAUUCAUCAGAGGAAAAUCUACUGCUUCAUUCAUCUGAGCUUUCAGGAGUUUUUCGCUGCAUUUUAUGUUUUCUACAGCUUUAUAAAUGACACUUCAGAUGCUCUGAAAGUGUUUGAUUUGCUCCCAAAUUUCCAUAAAGGAGCGAUAGAUAUGGCUCUUCGGAGUGAGAAUGGACACUUGGAUCUUUUCUUGCGGUUCCUGCUGGGCAUCUCGCUGGAGUCCAAUCAGGGACUCCUACAGGGUCUGCUGACACACACCGAGAAGAGCUCUGAGAGUAUCAGUACAACCGCAGCUUACAUUAAAGACAAAAUCAAACUGGAACAGGGUCUCUCGGCUGACAGAUCCAUCAACCUUCUUCUCUGUUUGCUGGAGAUGAAUGAUCAGACUCUGGUUACAGAGAUUCUGGAGUUUAUGAAAUCAGACAAAGACUCACAGAAUAUACUCUCUCCGUCUCACUGCUCAGCAAUCGCCUAUAUGCUCCAGAUUUCAGACAAAGUUCUAGAGGAGCUGGACCUCAAGAAAUACAACACAUCAGAUGAGGGCAGAAGGAGACUGGUACCGGCUGUGAUGAACUGCAGAAAAGCAAAUCUUGCCUGCUGUAAUCUCACAGAUCAGUGCUGUGAACUCGUGGGGUCAGCUCUACAAUCAUUAAACUCACCCCUCAGAGAGCUGGACCUGAGUAACAAUGACCUGCAGGACGCUGGUGUGAAGCUCAUCUGUGACGGACUGAAGAGUCCAAACUGUCGGCUGGAGAUACUGAGGUUAUCUGGUUGUAUGGUGACAGAGGAAGGCUGUUGUCAUCUGGCUUCAGCUCUCAGUUCAAACCCUUCACACCUGAGAGAGCUGGAUCUGAGCUACAAUCACCCAGGAGAAGCAGGAGUCGAGAUGUUUUCUGCUUUGUUAGAAAAUCCAGACUGCAAACUGGAGAAACUCAAUUCAGACCAUUUUGGAGAUUUCAGGAUCAAACCAGGACUACGAAAAUAUGCCUGUAAUCUUACACUGGAUCCAAACACUGCAUACUCUCAUCUCACUCUGUCUGAGGGGAACAGAAAGGCAACACAUGUGGAAGACGAGCAGCCAUAUCCUGAUCAUCCAGACAGAUUUGAGCACCAGGAGCAGGUUCUGUGUAGAGAAACUCUGUCUGAACGCUGUUACUGGGAGGUGGAAUGGAUUGGGGGGGCUUAUGUUGCAGUGACACAUAAAGGAAAUAAAAUAAAGAAAAGAGGGAACGACUGUAGAUUUGGGUGGAAUGAUAAGUCCUGGAGUCUUUUCUGUACUCCUGAUGGAUAUAGUGCCUGGCACGAUCACAAGAAAACAGAUGCCAAUUUCCCAUCAAAACCCUCAAACAGAGUAGCAGUGUAUCUGGACACACUGGCUGGCACUGUGUCCCUCUAUGACGUCUCUGACACACAUACUCUCUCACACAUAUAUACAUUCAAAACCAAGUUCACUGAACCGCUCUAUGCUGGGUUUGCAGUUUAUGGUUCAGUGUUUCUGUCAAGGUGAACAUCCUC